GUGGAAAUGCUAAACAUCAUAGCAGCAAACAUAGCAGUAGUUCAAAGAGUCAAAAGAGCAGCAGCAGCAGCAGUAGCAGCAGCAGCAGAAAACACAGCAGUGGAAGUCAUUCCAAAGAUAAAGAACACGGCAACAGUGGAAGCAGUAGCAGUAAAGCUGAUGGAAAAAUCAAAGAAUCUUCCAGAAAUAAAAGAUAUUCCACAGAAAAUGAAGCAUCAAAUGGGAUUUGUGAAAGAGAAUCUUGUAAUGAUGGAAAUGAUUCCCCACUACCAGACCUUUCUGCACUAGAUGAGAUCCCACAGGAUGAUUGGGAGCAAAUGAUUAAUUCUAGUGAUAGAUAUGAUUUGCAGCAUUUAGAGAAUCUGGAUGAUAAUGAUGAGGAUUAUGAUCUAGAUGACUUAGAUAAGGAUGAUCCAGCUAUAAUGGAGGAAUGCAUGAGGAUGUUCAACGAAUACCAACCUGAAGAUUCUCAGCUUCAGAUGUCAUCUAAAAAGACAAAAGUAGUACCAAAAGAAGAACCAGAGUCCUAUCAAGGAAAGCAGCGUGUUGCACGUUCAUCAACAGGAAAUUUAGUUGCCAAGAAACCAGAGAAAGGGCCUCGCAGAAUGACACCAGCUCAGGUGAUGAUGGAAAGAUAUCAGAAACUGAAGGAGCAGCAGGCAGAGUUGAUGAAGCAGCUGAAGAAGCAGAAACAACAGAUUGAUGAGCAGAAUCGUGGCCGGUCAUCUUCUUCCUCCGCAGUGUCAUCAACUACCUCCUCCAGACCUUCAACUUUCCCAGCAUCAUCAUCAACAACUGUCAAAUCACCUCCAAUGUCAACUUCAGGUGGGUCAAAGCGACGCAUAUCUCAUGUGCCAAAUGUGUCGUCACUGUUACAUGCACGGGAAAAAAUCAAGAACCUCCCACCCACAAACACAAGGUCUCUUCUCUCCCCAAGUGUGGCCAAAGCCUCUGGGACUCUUCCACAGACCAUUGCACAUACAGUUGCGAAGGGCGGUAGAAGGACAGCACAUAUUCCUCAGUCAGAAGCAUUGUCACGACCAGUAAUUCCAGCUGAAUUCGGCAGUAAAGUUCCACAGAAUAUUCGUCAGCGAUAUCUCAAUUCAUUUAUUGAUGAGUGCCUUAAAUUUACUGGAGAAAAGACUGCAUUUAGAAUAGCAAUGGCAGAAGAACGAGUGUGUUACAAUCGUGCUUCUUCGCGCAUGGUUUACCUUAAUCUAGCUGUCAAUACUCUGAAGAGGUUACGGACACAACAGGAAGCUGGAGAAGCAGCUCAAGAACUUAUUGAUAGUGAUCCACAGUUCGGAGAAAGUUCAGAGCCUGAUGAACCUUCGACUUCAGCCAAGCCCUCCUCAUCAGUAAGCUCUCCAGCACCGUCCAGAACUGCUUCUCAGCAUCCCAUCAACCCCAACCAUGUUAGACUAUCACAUUUCUCAGUUUUAGCUGUCGGUGGACAGAAAGGGUCUUGGAGUAUUGAGAAGCCAAAAAAGAACACUGUUGAUGUCAGUGACUGCCUCAAAGGUUUAAACUUCUACAAACUAAUGAAGAAAUAUGUACUCACUGAGGAACAGCUGCGCGAGAAUGGUUACCCACUCCCUGACCCGGAUGAAAAGGGGAAAGCCAUAGUUGCAGUGAAAGACACACGGAAGAAACUCAGUCCAAGUGCUGUUGAGCGUUACUGUGAUCGGUGCUCAGUGUUAUAUAAAGUGACAAAUGGGUUUCCCCACAACAACAGGCCUUGUGCAUAUCACUGGGGACGUGCAUACAAGCGCAGAGGUCUCAGACUUGAGACUCGCUACUCAUGUUGUGGAGGAGACUUGGAAUCUGAUGGGUGUGUCCAAGCAACAACUCAUGUGUCACAGAAUUAUAACCCAGAUGAUCUACGAGGAUAUGUAAGAACUCUACCCAAAGAUGUGAGUGGUGGUGAUUAUGGAGUAUAUGCUUUAGAUUGUGAGAUGUGUUACACUACAGCUGGGAAUGAACUCACUCGAGUGACUGUGAUAGACUCUGAAGGAAAGUCUGUCUAUGAACAGCUGGUCAAACCUGAGAAUCCUAUUAUUGAUUACAAUACACGAUUUUCUGGAAUAACUGAGAGUGACAUGGAAGAUGUAAGGACAACGCUUUUUGAUGUGCAGGCAGCCUUACUAACACGUUUUUCUGAUAAGACCAUACUCGUUGGUCACAGUUUAGAGUCUGAUUUUCAAGCACUCAAGUUAAUUCAUGAUACUGUAGUUGAUACCAGUGUGGUGUUUCCUCAUAAGAUGGGUCAUCCCUACAAACGUGCCCUUCGAAAUCUAGCCUCGGAAAUCUUAAAGAAAAUUAUCCAAAAUGAUGGUAAGUCUUCAUUCAUUCUAGUUCAUCUUCUGUGUAUUUUUGAAGGAUGUGUGUAUAUUGUGCAGCAUAGGUUGAAAAGUUACUCAGAGUAAAGAUGUCUUAAAGAG